UAUUUCUCCUAAAAUCUUAGGAGUUGCAAGUGUAAACAUGGCUUCUGUCGAAGAGGAGUCGCAAUCUACUGAAGAAGUGCCUGCAGGAAAUCCUGAAGAGCUCACUAAAAACCCAGCGGCACUAAAAGAGGCUCAUGAACAGAUGGCUACUAUGGAUGUGUUGGUGUGUGGUCAGUGUCAUUCUGCGUUUCAUUUUAUAGAAGAAUUCAAAGAACAUAAAAGUGAUAACAAUUGUACAGGAAAAUCACCAGUUAGAGAUAGUAAUGAAAGUAAAGCGCAAGUGUGGGCAUUUCUACUGUGGAAGUGUUCCUCGGCUAGAGACAGCUCUGUCAUAAAUGCUGACAACAGUUGGAAACUAUACCAGCAAUGGUGUCGUAUGGCUGAAGCACAACGGACUGCUUGGAUUACUGCUGGAGCCAAUGUGCAGUCUCUCUCUAAAUUUGCACAUGCUAAAGUUAUGGAAGUCAAGACUGAUGAUCAAUUAGUACCAGUACAAGUGCCAACAUCAGAAGUUAAAAAGCGUGGAAGACCUAGGAAGAAUGUCAAAAUUGAGGAUUCUGAAGGGGGUGAGGAAAGUGAUGAUGUGGUCAAAACACAGAAAGUUGUUAUAAACAAAACACCUGUUAGCCAAAAUAUUGCUAAAUCUAAGGAAUUGAUGGAUAAGGAAUCGGUACGAAAUGCUCAAGAACGUGUUCCUCCCGAGGAGCGUAUAGCACGUCGCACUGAACGAGAAGGCGGCGAUCCUUCAGAAGCCGGCGAAUUUGUUGUAGAAAAAAUACUGGCCAAGAGGUUUAACCCGCGUCGAAAACAGUAUGAGUACCUGCUGAAAUGGGAAGGAUAUCCACAUGAACAAAACACAUGGGAACCCGUAGAAAAUAUGGAAACAUGUAAACAUCUUUUAGAAGCAUUUGAGAAGCAACUAGCACGCCAGAAGGAGCUCAAAGCUCUGAGGGCACAGCAACAGCAGCAACAUCCAGUGCAGGUAAAACAAAUCAAUGCACCUUUGCCACAGAUUGUAAAGCAGGUUGUGAAGAAAACGGAUAGUCCCGCAUUGACCCCUACUGGGCGUCUCCAACGUACAAGUAAAGCACGAGCACUCGAUCAAGUAAAAGCAUGGUGUGGUGCUGAAGACGAACCUGCAAUCAAGAAAGUCAAGAAGGAAAUAUCUAGCGAAGAUGAUGAUUACUCAGAUUCUGAUCUUCUCAAAGAGAAAAAAGUAAUGAAUGGGCAGUCAUCCCCAAAAUCAGCACUAGAUCCAGAACUAGUGAAGUCUCUGGGUCUUAGCGGAAAGGGAAUGCCAAACAUUAAGGGUGUCAUCAAAGUUGAUCCUAAACACAUGCCGAAUCUCACUACAGGUGUUUACAUAAUGUCAAAGAGUUCAGGUAUUAUGAAAAUUGAUUCCCCUGGAAAAUUAGGACCUGGACUCAAUAUAGAUCAAGAUGUGAUCAGAAAACAAAUAUUAGCUGCAAAACAGAAAAAGGCAGAGGAAGUAAAAAAAUCAUCACCAGUACGAACACCACUUUCUACACAGAUUAAGAAGACAUUUGCAUCAAGUGGUCCACAGGUGACUGAGAGAACUAUAACUACGCCCUCUGGCCAAAAAAUCAUACAACGUACAAUACAGCGACCAUCUGGUCAUAAUGAGGGAAAAUCGCCUGUAACUAUAUUAAACAAGAAACUUGCACAGGGGGAUAGUCUACUGCGGCGCGGUGCGUCGGCGCGUGGUCGCGGUCGCGGCUCCUACUCCGCAGUCUCUACAGCCGCCGGGAAUGUCGUACGCAUUCGCGAAAAAGCUCCCGUUCCUAUUACUUUCGACUUCGACCAGUGGGAGGGCUCGUCGGACACGUCGGACGGCAUCGAGGACCCGUUCCCGCGGUCGCCGGGCCCGCUGCCGCCGCCGAGCCCCGAGCGGCCGCUGUCGCUGUGUCCGCUCACCGGCCGCCGCCUGGCGCGCGCAGAGGGCGAGCCCACGCCGCCACCCACGCCGCCCACGCCCUCGCCGCCGCCCACGCCGCCGCCCGAACAUUCCGGCGCUAUGCUCAUGAAGGUGGAAAUGUCUCCCGGCGGGACCACUGGAAUGCUUGUACAAGGUGACGGAGCCCAGCCCUCGUUACCUGUGUUAACAGACGAAGAUGGCACUGAAGUUAAAGUAGAAGCAAGUACAGUAAAGCAACUUCUAGAAGGUACUGAUGAUGGUGAAGAAGUAAGCCUCUUACACACGGGUCACCCUCCUAUUAUGAUCCGCGGAGAAGAUGGGGUUCUAUAUCAAGUGGCUGGAGAAAAUGAAGCCGGACAAACGCUACUAGUGGCAGCAGAGGGUGUCGAAGGGGCGGUAGAAGGCGUCGAGGGCGCUGUGGAGACAGACGGCGACGGAGUUAUGUAUGUUACGAGAGAUGACGGACAGGACGUGUUGGCAAUCGACCCGUCGCAGCUGGCGCAGCUGAUGCCUGGCGAAGCGGCACCCGCGCUGCAGCAAGUCGCCGUGCAAGUGGAGGGCGAGCCCGGCGAGGAUGCCACGCAAGUCAUCGCGCAGCUACUGCAGGCUGACCUCCCGUCGCCAGGAGGCACACGACGAGUAGUUCUCAUGCUGCCCGAUGGAACAUUAACAAUGACUGAGUUGGACAAAGAACAAUAUGAGUCUAUUACAGAAGCCAGCAAGGUGCAAGAGUGAAAAAAUAAUUAUGAUAGUUUAGAAUAUAAUAUUGAAAGAUCGACUCUGUGCUUUACAUAUUGCGGGUCAAUAAAACAAUUUACGAAUGUUUACUGUAUAUUUUAUAAAACUGCUGUAAUUAUUAAAUUAAUUUUGACUCCAAAAAUAUCAAAUUUUUAGCAGUUUUCUGUCUAGUUGUCUGUUAUUACAUACAUAAUUUUGCAACGAGCGGAGUAUACCUGCAAUUUAGUUUUGCAUUUAUGUAUAUUAUAUGAAAUAAUAUUUAGUAUUGCAAACUAAUGGACUAGCCAACAGAUGCCAAACAUGAAAAGCAUGUAAAUAUAUUAUACUAAUUCUUAACAUUGCAAUGUAAAAAAUGAUCUAAGAAAUUUCACUAAUACUGAAUUAUUGCUUUUCUAUUACAUAAUACCUUAAAUAAAUACAUAUGUAUGUAUGGAUAAUUAUAAUACAC